AACUUUGCUAAAUUUCACAUAGUACAUGAGACAGGUAGUGAAGUUUUGUUCGUUUCGUGUGUAUCGAUUUUUUGAGUGAAGUGAACGUAGUGUUCGUGUCCUUUAGUUUAGUGACGUUUGUUAGAAAAAUAUCUGUGAAUGGGAUUGUGUAACGAGAUAAAACGUUUACUUGGUGUGUGAUUCUCUGUAAAGGAUGACGAAGGAUAGGUUAGCGGCGCUCCAAGCGGCGCAAAGCGACGAUGACGAUGUCGGGCCCGACGACGUCAACGUCGCCGUCGAAGGGGGCUUUAUGGACGAAUUCUUCAGUGAGGUUGAAGAGAUACGAGAGAUGAUAGAUAAGAUUCAGGCGAACGUGGAAGAAGUGAAGAAGAAGCACAGUGCCAUCCUAUCAGCACCGCAAUCAGAUGAAAAAACAAAGCAUGAACUGGAAGAUCUCAUGGCCGACGUUAAGAAAACUGCCAACAAAGUCAGAGGAAAGUUAAAACACAUAGAGCAGAACAUCGAGCAGGAGGAGCACUCGAAUAAAUCGUCAGCGGAUUUGAGGAUAAGAAAGACACAGCACUCGACGCUGUCACGCAAGUUCGUGGAGGUGAUGACGGAGUACAACCGCACGCAGACCGACUACCGAGAUCGCUGCAAGAGCAGGAUACAGCGGCAGCUGGAGAUAACCGGCCGCGCCACCACCGACGACGAGCUCGAGGAGAUGCUGGAGCAGGGCAACUCGGCAGUGUUCACACAGGGGAUUAUAAUGGAGACCCAGCAGGCGAAGCAGACGCUGGCCGACAUCGAGGCGCGGCACGCCGACAUCAUCAAGCUGGAGACUUCCAUCCGCGAGCUCCACGACAUGUUCAUGGACAUGGCGAUGCUAGUCGAGAGCCAGGGAGAGAUGAUCGACCGCAUUGAGUAUCAUGUAGAACACGCUGUGGACUAUGUCCAAACUGCCACACAAGACACUAAGAAGGCCCUAAAAUAUCAGAGCAAAGCCCGACGGAAGAAGAUCAUGAUCCUAGUGUGCCUGCUCAUACUGGGCAUCGUCAUCGUGGGCUACGUGUCCAGCUAUUUGGUUUGAGCGGCCACUCUCGUACUUCGAUCGCCAAAUGCUCAAAGGACCGUCAUUGCAAAGAAAAAUCGUCGCGCAUACUUCGGUGCCUGCAUCCCGCCUGGCAACAGUCAACAUUCUGCAACAGAGCGAAUCAUCAACACGUAUCGACACCUCUUAUUUGUUGUUAGAAGUUCGUCUGUAACAUUCAAACUAUAUUCAAUUACUUAUCAUCUGAGAUACGUCAUAGAAACAUUAAUGUUUGAUGUUAUCGUCGGUAGUAACUAUAUAUACAUACUGGCCGUAACCACACCAUUGCCGCUGGCUCUAAUACGUAUAUGUUUCGAUAGCGUUCACACAAAAACUACUGUUUGUUUAUGAAAAUUAUACUAAUAGUUUAGUGCGCAAUAAUCAAUGAAUAUACAUAUGUUAGUUAUACGUACAUUAUAUACUUAGUAUCUACACGCAUAACAGUAUUUAGACUUUUAAUAAUCUCGGUUUCCACUAUAAUAUUCCUCACUAUUCAUAUAUAUCUUGAAGUAUAUAAUGAUUAGCCAGUGAAAAUCUGGACCGAGUAAUGAACUUGUUUUUAUAUACAUCACUAAAUGGUUGCCUAGACGCCAUAGCGUGAAUAUAGUUUGUAUUUAUAAGUAAAGUGAUACAAAGAUUUGACAGAUACCAUCAUUCAUGUAAUCGUUAAGUCUCAAAUAAUUUCUGUUUAAUCGUGAAUAGUUAACCUCGUUGAUAGGUUAGAGGAAAGGUGGAAAGUAACGCCCGCGCACCCCCGCUAGUGGUUGGCACAUUGUGAGGCGAGGACGGGACGUGGCAUAUAAUGUAGAGGGCGACACCGGGCAUGGGGCAGGGGCUGGGUGCGCGGGGUGGUGCGAUAUCGUUAGGUUCUACCUCACCAUUAGAAGCGCGCGGCCGACAUGUGUCAGGUAGUCAGUCAGUCAGUCAGUCAGUCAGUGGUCAGUUAACUGGUCAGCUAGUCAAUCGGUCGGUCAGUCAGUCAAUCAGUCAGUCGAGGUCAGUGUCGGGCCGCUCGCGCACUGCAUAUCGCGCCGGCGUGCCGUCGCCGUAGCAAUAAUAAAGUUCGAUUACAAUUGUAAAAUUGUUUAAAACUUUCGAAUGUGUGAUAGUAGAUGCAGUUGUUGUUUAGUUAACUUUAUAAUAAUAAUGAAUUGUUAUUGUGAAUGUAACUUUUAAUAAACAGUAAGAGUACUUUGAACUUUUCAAAUAAUACAUAGUAUAAACGACUCAUUGAAAUUUUUGGCGCUUUUCGAUCAAAUUUAUAGUUGAGUGAUUAUAAAUUUUAAUUUGAUACAUUUUAAGACGCUCUUCGUUGUACAGUAAUACAUAAUGUAGCUGUUUUAGCUAGGGUAACUUUUUUAAUAAAUUUGAAGUAAAGAAUCUUCAGCAAUAUAUGAAUAGUUAUUGAACAGUAUUUUCCGUUUGUAAUAAUAUAUUGUAGAGUCACUUGAAAAUUUAAGCACCAACAUAAUAUAUUAGCAUUUUCCUAUAAGAGAAUAACGUUAUAAUUAAACGAUUAUCGCGAAGGAUUAUUAUGUAGUCGUAUAAUAUUAUGCAUAUUGUUGUUGUGUGGAGGAGCGGCCCGCGAGAGACAACGGCACUAAUCCCCGCCCGCCUCGCGGCCGCUCUCCUCUCUGCAGUUCAUUACUUAAGAACAUGAAGCAAUGUUAAUUUUAACAUUUAUAGCAUAAUUAGAUUUUUAUCCUUAAGAGUAGGAUUUCAUCUAGUUGCCUUCGUAACAGUAGAGAAAUUAGGUGAUACCUUUUCUCUGAGUAGCUUCAUUAAAUCGAUGGAGGUCAGCCGCGUCUCUCCACUAGCCAGUCAAUUGUCGCUUGUCUUCCCGCGCAGUGCCGCGGGCACGCGCUGACUCCGCUAGUCGCAUCUCAUGCUAGGUAAGUAAGGAACCGGUACCUGACACCAAUGUAACGUUAGUAGUGCGCGUGCGCCGCCGUCCGCCCCGGGAACAUUCGCACAAGUACUAGCGACCGCGGCGCGCUCCGCCAUUCGCCUCGGACCGCGAAGCGUUCCGCUCGCUGCUCGCACGGCGGAACUCUUGCGAUCCAAUCCUAAUUUGUAUGAUAUAAAUCGUUAGAGUAGGUAUAACCGAACUUCUAGUCAGCUUUUAAUAAUCUCUAUUAUUCUUAUAAUAUCAAUCGUAAUAUUGCAAUCGUAUCUUCUGUUACUAGUGUACAUAUAAGUGAUGUUCUCGUGUUCAAGUACGGGCCGCGGGCCUGCUCGUUGGCGGGACGCGACACCUGUGCGGUCUUACAAACUCAAUAUUAUCGUAAAGCAUAGAUAUUUUCAUAAUCAAUAGUAUGCAUAUUGUUGAUUGGAUUGCUAAUUUUGUAUAAGUACGUACACAAUUAGUAUAGUUUAUAUACUUAUGUGUCAAUUCUCAUAGCGUUUUAUUACAUAACAGACGAUAGCUAGUAAGUGUUAAACGUAAUCCAAAAUGAUUGCAGUGCUGUUCAUUAAGCUUAUUCGACUUUUUAUGUUGUUUUUAAUGAAUAAUGUUUUAUUAACUUGUAUUCUUCAAUCUUGAAUGUGUAUGUAAUUGUAUCACAGUUUAAUAACAACGGUAUAUAAACAAUAGUACAUUUCGGAUCUAAUUCAUUGACAACCCGUAGCUCUGUAAAUUAAUACUAAACUUCACGGAUCAAAGUAAUGCUUGGUAAGAAUUUGUAAAACAACGAACAUUUUGAAAUGUAAUUUUAGGAUCCCAGUGAUGAAUGCAAACAUUGAGAAAACAAUUUUCUAUCGCCUAAAGUCUUCAACAUUUUUCCUAAAUAGUUACUAAUGUUAUUAAAAGACAGAGUUGUAUAUCGUCUGUGUCAUGUGAAUAUUCUUCCUGAAAAUCAUUAGGUAUUCUUAUAAAUGAAGGGUACCUUCGUAAGCGAGUGUCUACCGGCAAGAGUUAGCUCAGCGAAGUAGGUAACGAGCCUGUUACUUAUGUAUCUGUUCAGCUAAAGUAAUUAUUAAGGAGUUUCACCGACACUGUGUACUCAAAGUAUACAUGAAACAGUAUCAUGAUCUGCUUAUAUCGUGCAAGCAAUUACACUGUCUCGCUUCCUCAGGGAGGGAGAGCAGCUAUUUACUUAGAGCUAGUUUGAUAUGUUGCGAUCUGCCGGUAGAGGCUUGAGGUGCCCGUGUAUAAUGAUGCGGAACAACGCGCCCUGAGGAGGGGCGUCACUCAAACUAAUAUUCUACAAAUUAUAUUGUUUAUCAGUAGAGUCGCUAGACUUCAAUUUGUAGUUAAAUGUUCGUAAUUAUCAAAUUUCCACAAUUGUGCUUUAUUCUUUCUGACUCUUUGAUGUUGCUUGGCGUUGAAUGAUGUGAAACAUUAUUAUAAUAUUAUAUUAGAGUUUAUAAUUUAUUUUAAAUCAUGUUAUUUUCAUAAUUUAGUUUAGACAAAUGUUAAAAUAGUUUAGUACCGUUUUACGGAUGUUUCUUGUACCUAUAUAAGUAUUUCAGAAUUUAUAUUAAAGUUGUAUUUAUUCCCUACGACAAAUUGUCUCGUAAUCUUCUUGUAAAGGAACACUGAAUACCUAAAUCAUUGUUAUACUUACAAAAUCUUGUAUUACGAAUAUUACAGUGAGAUUCUGGACACGUGUAAAAUUCAAGUUAGAUUGGUUUUAUAGUCAUAUUAUAUUCUGUAUGUAGGUUAUCAAUCUGAAAUUCUCUCAUAAUUAUAAAAUAAACGGUGUUUUCUG